AUGGAUUAUCUGGUCAUAGAGGGCUACAAGGAUGCAGCCGAUUGCUUCAGCAAGGAGAGUGGACUCAAGCCUUUUGUCGAUUCGGACAGCAUCCUCAACCGCAUGAUCAUUCGUGGAGCGAUUCAACGUGGAGAUAUUGAUGAUGCCAUCGGACGCGUCAACGAGCUAGAUCCAGAGAUUCUGGACAACAACCCACUCCUCUUCUUCCACCUGCAACAACAACGCCUGAUCGAGCUCAUCCGCGCCGGCCUCGUCAACGAAGCGCUGGCAUUUGCCGCCGAGGAACUAGCGCCUCGAGGCGAAGAGCAUCCGGAUCUGCUACCUGAGCUCGAGCGCACUAUGGCGUUGCUCGCUUUUGACGUGCCGAAAGCUGCAGGCGUCGCAGCUUCUGGGCCGCUAGCCGCACCACCGCACGUCGCCGAGCUGCUUUCGCCCAGCCAACGUCUCAAGACGGCCGGCGAACUGAACGCCGCCAUCCUGGCUUCGCAGAGUCAAGGUCGAGAGCCCAAGCUGCCGCAGCUGAUCAAAAUGCUCAACUACAGCGAAGAGCUCAUGGGCCCUACCGGUCCCGGCAAGUGGGAGUUUCCUCGUCUCGAUCUGGAGGGCGCUCUUGGCAUCGGUGCUGGUGCGCAGGGCGGUGUUGUUCGGAACGGUGGCGAUACUGAAGCGCCGCUUGCCGUUUGA